CUACGACUGCCAGCCACGUGACUAAUCACAAGAUAGUUUUAUGAGAAUAAGGAAAACGCUGCUUCUUCUUUGCGAACUUCCUCACGCGUUUGUCGCACGCGUCGUUCGCUUCUCCCGUUGAACUUGAAGGUCUCCGUUUAUGGACUACUUACGAGAUAUCCGCCGCCAACUUCCCACCGUAGAAAGAUACCGCCUACAACGACCAUCUGCUUUCUAUUCUCACCACUCUACCUUCGCUCGCGGCGCAACGAUGAAUACGGCCGCACCCGGGACCGGGUCAUCUUCGGACACCACUCCGCGGAAGAAUAGUGUGGUUAUCAAAGUCGGGAUGGUCGGAGACAGCCAGAUUGGAAAAACGAGUAUGAUGGUGAAAUACGUGGAGGGAAGCUUUGACGAAGACUACAUACAAACAUUAGGGGUGAAUUUCAUGGAAAAGACGAUAUCUAUCCGGAAUACGGAAAUCACGUUCAGUAUCUGGGAUUUGGGAGGGCAACGGGAGUUCGUCAACAUGUUGCCUCUGGUGUGUAACGACGCUGUAGCGAUCCUGUUUAUGUUUGACCUGUCACGGAAGUCCACGCUGAAUAGCAUCAAGGAAUGGUAUAGGCAAGCGAGGGGGUUCAAUAAGACGGCCAUCCCGUUUCUGGUCGGGACGAAAUAUGAUCAAUUCGCGGCGUUUCCAAGGGAGGAGCAGGAAGAGAUCACCAAGCAGGCACGGAGAUUCGCAAAAGCAAUGAAAGCACCACUGAUCUUUUGCUCUACAUCACAUUCGAUAAACGUGCAGAAGAUAUUUAAAAUCGUGCUGGCAAAGGCCUUUGACCUGAAAUGCACCAUUCCAUGUAUAGAGGAAGUGGGAGCGCCAAUUUUGGAAUACUGACGAGCGAUAGAACGAACAACGUGCAUGGGCGGUAGGGAACCCAUCGACGUUGAUUCAGCGGCGUCUAAAUACAUGAAGCGAUGAGAGAAUCCGAGUGGACAUAUGAUGUUCGUUUUGUGGAAUAAGUUCCGGAUUUGGUGCGCCGCCUGAGAAUCCAGCGAUCGCUGGAAUGCGCUUUUGACGGCUUACAGCAUCAUUUGAGGCCCUUCAGGGUCUGCAUCUUCGGGGGGCAUAUCGUUUGCAAGUUGCUCUAACUUUUCGAGAUCCCAUCCUAUUUCGUCUUUCUUAAGGCUAAUGUGAUUCAGCUCGCUGGCCAACGACUGAAUCUUCCGCUCGCUGCCCACGGAAGUUGUCAGAUUCGUUCCUUUCACGUAUACAGAUUGAGGACACACGCAGAGACUCACCUCGCCUGCUGAAUCCACACGGC